CAAGACAAAUGAAAACCAAGGAAAAUGAGUUAGAAAAGUCAAAGUUAUUGAAUUGGAGCACACUAACACGUGAUAUUCAAGAGGAAAUUUUCCACCUUCCUCUUUGAGCCUCACAUUCUGCAAGUCAAGAAGGAAAGCGCUAGAAAUCAGCAACCAAUUCAAACUCCUUCUCUAAAGAUCUAUUUAACGUAUCUGCUGCAAAUUCAGAGCACGGUUAUCAGUUAUUCAAUCAUCACAUGGAUGAUUUUCUGGUUCUGAUAUCUCCGCUCAAAUUAGGGUUUGUCAUAUAUAAAUUUUCAUCUCAACCCUAUACGGGAACACACAAAAAAAUAUACACAGAGAAAGAGACGACACACACAAGAGUUAGAAAAUCACCAGUUGAAGAUUGUUAAUUACGUUUGAGUUGGGGCAAUUGAGAAGAGAAGAUAACCAUUGGAGGGGAGCUUAGCCCAAUCCAAGGCCGAACAAGAACAACGGAGGAGUACGGGGUCGAAGCCGGGUUCUUUUGGUGUUCUUGCGCACAAAAUUAAUGAGUUCUUCCUCUCAAUUUGUCAAAUUCAUACGUGUUUAAUAUCUUCAUGAUCUGCUCAUUCACUUUGUUAAUUAUCAAAUUUCUAUUUUCAAUAUUAUUAAUUGAUUUUGGAUACUAUUAUCUCCUUGAGUGAUUUUGCCAGUUAAUUAUUAUUUGAAGUUGCUUUUGAAUCAUUGCCUAAACUACUACUAUACGUAUUACUAGUGUAUGUAUGGUGCUAAUUAUUGUUAGCUAUAUUGUCUAGCUUAGUUUAGAUUAUAUAGUAAAGUGACCCCUAAUUUACAUUAAAUCUGCAAUCAUGGUUUAAUUUAAAUUAGAGAGUAAGUUUAAUAAUUAGUCUAACCAUUUAAUUGGUUAGAAUAAUUAGGACUAAUGAUGUCUCCUAGUUCUUAAUGCUACCAAGUCUAAUUUAUACACGUUGCGAUCAGAUUUGUGUGAGUUGGGCUGGUUUAGAAUCAAUUUGGCUUAGUUCAUAAUUGGUUAUGAAUAAGGGAGUACAGGGAGUCUUUGUUAUUUAAGACUCUACAAUUAGUCUAAUAGUUAGAAUUGGUAAAUCCUCAAGAUCAAUUGUGUGCUACGGUUAAUUAACUAAAUCCAGUAAGGUUUAUGGGAUUGAAAUGGUUAGUAGUGUCAUCACAUGUAAAGAGUAGAUUAGUUUUUCUGUUAUCUAAUUCUCUGGGUUAAUAUUAUCUCCAAACCCCCCCAAUCUCUUUAAAUAGUGUAAAUAAUUGUGUAGUCCAACUUAAUUAUGUGACUGAAAAUGUUUUUAGUUAAACAAUGAAUUUAGGCAGUAGACUCCCUGUGGAUCGACCCUUUCUUACCCUUUUUACUACUUGUUAAUAUUUUUGAAGGUCUAAGAUAGGUUUUUAAUUUAAUACGGUAAACGACACGUAUCAAAUUUUGGCGCCGUUGCCGGGGAGAUUUAUAUUCUUUCUUUACUCAAAGUUUAACUAAGAUACUAACUUUUCUUUUGGAAUUUAGUUGAUAAUAUAUAUAUAAAAAAAAUAUAGUCCUUGUGAUAUUGGGUUGUCUAAAUAAACUUUGGUUAGGUUGAAAUUUCUAAGCUUAGAGUAUGUUUCUUAAAUUUAUUUUUUUUCUUUUUGCCUUUUUUGCAUACUAUGUGCUUAGCUAUUUUUUUUCUUUCUUGUUGAUUGUUAUUUGGCUUACUCAAGGUGGUAGGGACAAUUUUCUACAAUUCUAAGUAGUAGAUUUCAUUGGUUUCGUUCCUAAAAAUGUUUAGUGAAUUCCCUAUUAGUAGAUUUCAUUGGUUAUGUUCUGCCAAAUCUGAAAUUUCUGCAUUUAUAUGCUAUCUUAUGCAUUUUGACUAUUGAAGUUCAACUGUUAGACGCAGAAACUAGAGUGCAAAGCAAUGGAAAGCUUGAGUUCAAAGGAAAAUAAUAAUAAAAAAUUGAUAGAUUACAUGUGUAUUACCCCUACUGGAUCAUUGUUUUCAUGGUGUUUUAAUAGCUGUAGAUUUCUGAAUUACAAUGCUGCUGCUUGCUAUUACCUGUUAUACCCCCAUGCUUGUUUAUAUUAGGGUGUGUAAUCAAGCUAUCAAAUCGUUUUCUUGGAGUGGAAUGAGAAUUUAAUAACUUGAUAAUAUUUUUAUUAAGUGAAAAGGGUUAAUCUGGUGAUGUUAAUGUAACCUGAACUUAAUUUUACCUUGCUGAAAUUGUCAUUUUGAGUAAUCACCCAAGUCUAUUAUCUGAAAUUUGUCUACAUAUUGUUCUAUAUUAAGGUCAGAUCUCAAAUUACAUGGAGUUGUCUAACUAGAGUUCAUUGAAUUAUUGCUUGAUUCUAUGUGAACUUUAAGGAUGUCUGAAAAUCUGGUUUAAAAGUUGCUGAAAGUAUUCUGAUUAGUCUCUGUGAUGCUAUUUGAUUAAACCUCAUAAUCACCCUUUAUUGUCACUCUCAGUGAGGUGUUAAUGAGGAUAUUUGUAUAUAUAAAUUCUGGUUCAAAGAGCAAUUACUAAGACUAUGCACAACCAUGUCUAGGUGAUUAAAUUUUAAAUGUAACUAGGGGCAUGCAUGUGAUGAGUUUCGGUUUUCUGAAUGCAUUCUACUGAAUUCUAUUUUACAGUGGCUACUGAAUGCAUUUGCAGUAGCUGUUAUAAUAAAAGCAUAUUGUUCAUUAGAAAUGUAUAGUGUUUUCAGGUGUUAGUUUCUCUUGCUAACUGAUUAUUGUUGCUUGAAAUGAAUUCAUGAUCCUUGUAGUUAUACUUUAAACAAAUCAUUGUUUGGGAAAUCAAAUCGGAUGUUCAUUUUGAGAAAUCAUGUCAUUCAAAAAUUCAUUUCUGAACAGAGUUUAAAUCUUAUCUUAGGAAUUGAACAUGAUGCUUAUGUUUUCAUUCUUCCAGAUUCAUUUGGUGUUGAAUUCAUGUAAUUAGAUGCAGCACCUGCUUACCAUUAAAUCAUUCUAUUCUCAUGCCACAUCCUAAAAGAUAAAAGUGUAACAACAAACAAAGCUUUAGAAUGUUCAGAUUACUUUGUAUGCAUUCGUUUAAAUCUGCUUAACAUAACUAACUCUUUAGGUUUUUACUUUUCAGGUGCAUGAGCGGCAGCACACCUAAUUCUAAACUCAAACGAAUCAGGAAGUAUAUAGAACAAGAGAGAUUAGUCUAUUCGUUUCAAACCGAUCAACCAGAAGAAGUGAAACCAGAGGAAGUUAAACCAACAAAAGAUAGUCUAAAAGGAGCGAAGAUGGGUGAACGAACUUUGAAGGAGAUGGCAGCCCCAAAUACGGGAGAUGAUCCUCUCUGCAUUGUGUUCCCAGAGCUGGACAAACCCCUCAAACUGAAUUCAGGUUUCCUUAAUCUUCUUCCCAAAUACUAUGGGAAGUCAGACGAGGCUAUGGAGAAGCUGGAUGACGCAGCCAAAGGCCGAGUAGACAUGCCGUCUUGGCUGGCAAAGGUGCUUGAUGCCAGCACUUUUGAGGCAUUACAGCGUCAGAAGGCGGCUAAGCAAGCUGCCCCUAAGCAGGCGGUUCAUCAUCCCACCCCUCCCGUAGAGGAGAAGAAGGUAUUGUGAGCCCUCCAAAACAUGUGAUUUCCUUCGAUGUUUGCAACUGACGUGGCCUUGUUUCUUCCGAGUUCGAGGAAGGUUGCCUCGGACGCUGCACCUUCUUCCAAGCGUAGGGCUGGUGGCACAGGGAAACCUGUUUUCAAGUCAACAGCCUCGAAGACGUCCAAGGUGUCCAGUGCGCAUCAGACGGCAUCCGCUUCUCCUUGUUCUCAAAAAGCUGAGGCGGCGGUCGAUCCUCUUGCAGGGAUUCCUGAAGCCGUCCGCCGAAACAUUCCUCUGAGGACGGCGGAGAGGGCUAGGAGUUCUGGGGAAAUACCCGACCCUCAAAAAGCCAUUGAUGCUGAAUUGGAUCAGAUCGCUUCUUCAGGUGGGUUUACUUCUAAGGAUCGGAGGCGGAUAAUGGGUCUGAUGCGCAAUGCUAUUCCUCCAAAGUACGCUGAGACCCUCCCCGAGGCGGCCGAGAAUCAACUUGCCGCCAUGCAGUCCUCUGCACUGGAUAUGUUUAUUCUGCUGGAUUCGCUAAAGAAGUGGCUUACUGCUCUAGUGCAUGAAGAGGCUAGACACCGUCUUCUUGCUAGUCAGUGCGGCGAUCAGCAUUUUGCCGAGCUGGAAGAGCUUCGUCUCAACAGGCAGGGGGAAAUCGAUGUUGUGACCAAGUCCUUGUCCUCCCAACUUGCUGAGAAUAAGCACCGUCUUGAACAGAUUGAUCAGAACUUCUCUCAGAUUGAAGAUCUUUCUGGGAAGAUUAAGGAGAAAGAGACUGAGUUUUCUCGUCUUGAGACUCGGUUUGAGGAGUUGGAAGCACAGUUGGAGGCGGCUCGCAAGGAGGUGGCCACGUCAAAGGGUGUGCUUAACCAGUCAGCCGUGCUGGGUGAGAAGUCGAUCCGAGGGGGCAUGGAGCUUGCCUGGAAUGCCGAGUUCGGCAGUCAACGCCCCUUCAGCUGGUUUGAGAAGUUCCUCAAUUAUCAGGUUGAGGUGGAGAAGGCCCAGAAAGAAGGACGCGCUCCUCCUGAGUUUGUUUCCAGCGAUGAUGAUGAAUGAGGCAUUCUAGGUGCCUUGUAUUUAUUUUGGGUUUGUUUUUGUGACGCCCUGCUUAGUGGCACUAUGUGCAUAAUUUGUAAUUAUGACUAACUUAUUGGAAUGACUAGGCGUCUUUUGAACGUUUUUGUUCCUAGCUUUUGUCGUUUCUGUU